GGGCAGCAGAGUCAGUGUUUACAGAAUUAGGAGAGUUUGCUGCACGAGCUGGCUGCUGGUAGCGUGGAGGUGAAAUUAGACACUGAGAGGAGGUCGCUGUAGUAGGGUUUUUUUCUUCUCUCUAAAGUUAUUAAAAGUCCCAAAGAACCAAACAAGGGCUUGUCGCGUUUAUGGAAACUAACUACACACUCGGAAGAAACUGUUAAAUGAUAUGAAACUGUUAAAUAUCGCGGGAAAAAGCUUCUGACUCGGGCUCGCUGGCUUCUGCAUGGUCGCAGGCUAGCUAACAGUUAGCUGCAGCAGCUUCUUGGCUAGCGGGCUAGCGAGGUCCAGCCCAAAUUUUGUUUGCCUCGAGUGGAUGUGGUCACCUCCCGAGCUGUUCACGACUUUUCUCUUUGCAAGGAAAACAAGAACCAAGACUCCACACUGGCUUUGACACCGUGCGUUGUCAGGAAACCAGCAGGAUGUCUACCGAGGUCGAGUGUAGCCAGGUUGACUCGGGUUUGACAGCGAGCAGCUCCAGCGGGGUGCAGGACAAAAACCAAAACAAGUCAGAGGGGGCUCACCUGCACAAAGAACAAGAAGAGCCGGGGCAGAGGGGCACGGAGAAGCAGCAAGCGGACGACCACAAGCAAGAGUCGACCAAGAGCCAAGCAGACACGCAUAAGAAAAGCAAAGAAAACGAUAAAGAAAACGAACAGAGCAGUAACGCUGACUCGGCUGUCGAGGCGGUGAAGAAGAAAGUUGUAGAAGCCCCUCCGCCGAAAGUCAACCCGUGGACUAAAAGAACAACGGGCAGAGUGCCGGUUAACAACAUCAACUCCGGCUCCCAGGAGACAGAUCAACAAAACACUCUGAAAGUGGUCCGAGCCAGCAAGCCCAGAGUGAGAAAACCCAGCAAGUCCAGUGACUUCAGUGAUAUCACAAACUGGCCCACACCUGGAGAACUCGCUAAAGAGCAGCAGCAAACUGUCCUCGGCAACAACGGGAAGAAGCCUUCUUCCCGCAGAGAAAGGGACAAGAGAAGAGAGCGACCGGACAGAAAAUCAGAGAGCAGCCAUGAUGGAGGGGAGAGCAAGGAGAACCAGGAGAACCAGGAGGCUCAUGUGGAUCCAAUGGAGGAACCGUCUGAAGAAGGAGAACCAAAACCAGGACAGGACUCAAAGAGCUCCAGCCUGAAGAAGAGAGGAGCUCUUGUUUCCGGUAUGCAAUCACGGCUAGGUAACAAACGUAAGUGGGUUUCUCUGCCGCUGGAGGAAGUUUCCCAGGACGAUGCCGACAAGACAUCCGGCGGGUUCCCAGCCCAGUCGGACACUUCGCCCAUCAGCGACUCGUCCAACCCCACGUCGCCCAAUCAAAGGGUUCAUGAUAACAGAGCGCAUUAUGACAGCCGGAGUUGGAGAGCCGAGCCGCGGGACCACGGAGACGACACCGGCAGCAUUCGGAGCGACGGCGGGACUGGGCGCGGAGGAAUACGAGGCAGGGGGAAAGGUCGCGGGCGUGGCAGAGGUCGCGGACGAGGUCGGUACGAAUACUCUCUGAACUACAGAGACGCUCGCUCAUCUGACGGCUCCGGUCAGGUGCCCACAGAGUUCGGUACCAACAUGGUUUACUACUACGACGACGGCAGCAAGGUCCAAAUGUAUACAGUGGAUGAAAAGCUCCUCAAAGAAUACAUCAAGCGGCAAAUUGAAUACUACUUCAGCAGCCACAACCUGGAGCGGGAUUUCUUCCUGAGGAGAAAAAUGGACGCGCAGGGCUUCCUCCCCAUUUCACUCAUUGCAAGCUUCCACAGAGUGCAGGCUCUUACCACUGACGUCAACCUCAUCAUGGAGGCUCUAAAAAGCAGCACUGAAGUGGAGCUGGUGGAUGAGAGGAUACGCUGUAAAACGGAGCCGGAGCGCUGGCCCAUCCCCACACCACCCGUCGUGGGUUCCCCCCACACCGACUUCUCCCAGCUCAUCAACUGCCCUGAGUUUGUUCCUCGACAGAACCUGAACACCGUCAGUGCUGCUACGCUGCCCUUGAAGGAGCCUCUGAUUGGCCUGGCUGAUCCCAGCUCGUCCAAUCAGGACUCUCUCCCGGCCGCAGACGACUCCAAAGACGGUCCUGCAUCCGAGGCCAAGCCCGACCCCAACCCGGACGCCUGGAUCCAGGUGGAGAAACGCCACCGUCAGACCUCCGGAAAAUCAAAGCAUGACAGCGAUGAUGUGUGUGCUGCUGGCCCAUCUCCUCCCUUAGAGCCCGAACCCGACCUCCUCUCCUCUGCAGGGGAUCCCAAGACCCCUCCUGCUCCAAGCAGCCAGCCGCCUUCCCGGGCCGAACUGGACCAGGAGGAGCUGGACUUCAUGUUCGACGAGGAGAUGGAGCAGAUGGCACCCAGGAAGAACAAAUUCACCGACUGGUCGGAUGAGGAUGAAUCGGACUACGAGCUUGACGACCAAGACGUCAACAAGAUCCUCAUCGUCACCCAGACCCCGCCGUACCUCCGCAAACACCCCGGCGGCGAUCGCACAGGAAACCACGAGUCCCGGGCCAAGAUCACUGCCGACCUGGCCAAGGCCAUCAACGACGGGCUGUACUACUACGAACAGGACCUUUGGAAGGGAGAGGAGCAGAUCGACUGCAGCAAGCAGGACGUGGAGAACUUCAAGAAGUUAAACGUCAUCAGUAAAGACGAGUUUGACACCCUCACUCCCAAAGUUCCCAUCGACCCGAACCAGGAAGUCCCUCCUCCUCCCAUGACAGUGGAGAGCGGAUCGGAUCUGGCUCGCUCUCUCCCUACUACUGUCCCAGAAUCCCCCAGCACUUCUCAACCCCGGACCCCCAGAACGCCUCGCACGCCUGGACGCCAGGACCACAACAAAACCCCACGAUUCUACCCCGUUAUGAAGGAGAGCGGUGCCGUUGAUGGACAGAUGCCAAGAAAGAAGAAGACCCGCCACAGCUCAAACCCUCCACAGGAGGCCCACAUUGGUUGGGUGAUGGACUCCCGUGAGCACCGGCCGCGCUCUGCAUCCAUCAGCAGCUCCAACGCUUCUCCAUCAGAAGGCGCUCCGCUGUCGGGAAGCUACGGCUGCACUCCCCAGUCUCUGCCCAAGUUCUGGCAUCCAUCCCACGAGCUGCUGAGAGACAACGGCUUCACCCAGCAGGGAUACCACAAGUACCGCCGAAGGUGCCUUAACGAGAGGAAACGGUUGGGGGUCGGCCAGUCUCAGGAGAUGAACACUCUGUUCAGGUUUUGGUCCUUCUUUCUCAGGGACAACUUCAACAGAAAGAUGUACGAGGAGUUCAAACAGUUUGCACUUGAAGAUGCCAAAGAAAAUUACAGGUAUGGAUUGGAAUGCCUCUUCAGAUACUACAGCUACGGUUUGGAGAAGAGAUUCAGGUUAGAUCUCUUCAAAGACUUCCAAGAGGAGACCUUGAAAGACUUUGAGAAAGGUCAGCUGUAUGGACUGGAAAAGUUCUGGGCCUUCCUGAAGUAUUCCAGGAUAAAGAACCAGCCCAUUGACCCGAAGCUGCAGGAGCACCUCUCAAAGUUCCGGAACCUGGAGGACUUCCGGGUGGUGCCUCCGAUGGGAGAAGAGGGCGGCAGGAGGAGAUAUCCGUCAUCCUCGGCCGGGGAUGAAGGAAGGCGUCGAAGACACCCUUCCAACUCUACCUCAAAACCCGCGCAGGCCUCCAAAUCCUCCAACGUGCCCCCCCAGCCAACCGCCGCCUCGUCCUCCGCCUCCACACAGAGCUCAGCCAAAGACAGCACCCAGAAAUCGACAGCGCCGUCCAACCACGGCAAAAGGCCCGACAGCAGAGUGGCGAAGAAAGACGGAGUUUCCCCCAACAAAUGAAGCUCCUGGCCAGCGGAGAGAAGCAGCAGCCGCUCUCGGGUCACAGCGAACCGCAUGGACGUGAAGCGGCCGAGCGAGCUCGAUUUUAAUUUAAUUGUUUUUAUCGGCGCAUUUCAAUUUUAAAAGGAAGCAAACGUAGGCAGUUAGCUUGAAUUUGUUUGCCCUGCAACAGCUCAUAACGUUUACAAAACAAACAAAAAAAAUGCAUUCCCCGCAUUUUGCCUUUUUUCUCUUUCUCUUUCUCUCAGAUGCCAAACUCCUUCGAGUACAUUGAUCGCUGUAAACCGCUCUGAUCUUUUGAAGAGCUGUUCAACUGUGAUUGUAGGUUGCCAAGAUAAGAGAUACCGCGGAUAGUCUUGUGUGCCUUAAAUCUGAUCCAUCAUGAUGUCAAGAGUGUAUUAGAUUCUCUUUUUAUUUUUAAAGGUCUUCCUUAUUGGUCGGGGUUGGAAGGACUCUAAAAGCAACUCUACUUUACAAGUUCACCAGUCCCGACAUCUACAGUUUCCAUGGUGACAAUCAGUCAUGAAUUUGAGAAUUACUGACCCCGAGGCUUACAGAUGUUUCUCAGCCUGACUGCUACAUAUCACAACUAAUCUAAACUGUGUUUUUUGUUGGGGUUUUUUUAUUAUUAAAAAGCUGCAGAAAUCAUCCGAUUAUUUUUCUGGGAACAUUUAAGUCCCAUUUUACACCCAGAGGUAGCUUAAUUUAUUGUUUUAUUUUUGUUUUUGUUUUUUUUCCCAUUGACUUGAUUGAAUUAAUAGUCUUAGGCGAUCAUUGCAGUUUUUACUUGCUUGUGCAUUGAAUAUAAUACAAAACAUAAAAAAAUGUUUCUGCUGGAAUUAUGGGUGUGAGCUAGUGUCAUAAAACUACAGUAUAUUUUUAGCUUAAAGUUUACUUCAUAUUAUGUUUGAGGCUUGGUGCUUUAGAGCACUUUAAAUGUUAACUUUCUUUUACUUCAUUGGACAUAAAAGGUUUGAGUUGAAUUUAAAAAAAAAAAUGUAAAUACUAUAAAAAAUCAUUUACUAUUCCAUUAUUCAUUUGAUUCAAAGAAGUGAUUUGUUACCAGUAGUGUGUUUUGAGUGUUUCAGAAUAAAGUGUUGCAUGUUCUUGACUUGUAAAAUGCAAAAAAAAUAUUAAAUAAGUCUGAUUGUA